AUGGCUGGGAGUGGACUUCUCCGGAAGAAAAUCACAUUCUCUACCCAUCGACCCUCAUUAAGAUAUACUCCUUUCUUCUUUUCUUUUUCUACCUUACGGCAUCUAUGUCCCCACAGCGUGCCCAUGUCGGUCAUUACUAUCGUGCAACGGGCCUUUCCCUUCGUCCUGCCCUGGAAACGUCGACUAUCCACCGACAAAGGGAAAGAAAAAGAGAGCGAUAUCGAAAUCUACACUUCCGAUCGUGACUCACACGAGCACUUUCAUCUCGGCACUCACGAUGCCGAUAUCCCGGCCCCAACCUCGCUGCACUGUGACGUCUCGCACGCCCUGCAUGUAGCGGUGAAGCCGGGCCCAGACCAGACCACGAGUCCGGAGGAUUCUACCAGCGAGUUAUCUGAGACGGACUCUGAUUCGGAAUCUCAAGUGGAGCAUGAUACCCGCCGUCUCUCGCAUAGCAGUGCGUCGUCUGCGCGGGCCCGGCUUGCUCGCGUGGUGAGCUGGUCGAGUAUCGUCCGCAGUCAAUGUCGCUGGACGAACGAACAGGAGAAGCAACUUCUCAUGGCUGAGAAGCAACUUGCCAGAUGUCAAAAGGCCUGGAGCUCGGAACAGGAAUUAUGGCUUGCCUAUAUUCAAACUUUGAGCAAGGAGAAAGCUGCCCAUGAAGGGUUUAUGCUGAUGCGCACCAGACAGCAGGAGGAAGAGCGGCAUCAGUUUCGCAAGGCGUGGAAGAGACGCCGGUCGUUGGAGACUACGAUGGGUACCAAUGAGGAUUGUGAGAUGACCAAGAGUGAUACUAAUCGGUUUAUUAAAUUGCGUCGCUUACAAAAGUAA